CCCCUCACCCCCAAUGCUCCUCCUCCUCCGCCUUCCAACGUCCGGCUGAUUCCGCAGCUCCGCCAUCCACUCCCCAAAUGUCGCUCGAACCCCGCACGCCGGCGGCCGCGAACGGCGUCGUGUUGGAGGAACCGAAGCGUCCGGCGUUCGCGUCCCCGUCACCCAGGCUGAGGCUGAACCCGAACAAUGACCACAAUCCGGAUGACUACGACGACAUGCAAUUGGAUUUCAGCCCCGAGAUUUUCACCUCGCUCGAGCGGUACUUGCCGGCGAGCAUGCUCGGGAAGCCCCGAUACGAUAAGUUCAAGUUCAUGAGGGAGAUUCUGCUCAAGUACUUUCCUCCCGGGGAGCGCAACAGAAUUCAGAAACAUAGAGAGUACAGGCAGAAGAUUAUAUCAAAUUAUCAGCCUUUACAUAGAGGGUUAUACAGUAUGCAACCUGCAGCCACCUUUGUUACGGCAUUUCUGAAGGCAGUUAGUGAGAAUACUCAGGAAAGCUUCAGAAGGAUAAUGUCUGAACCCUCACCAGGGAUCUUUGCAUUUGAGAUGUUUCAGCCACGGUUCUGUGAACUUCUGUUGUCUGAGGUGGAGAAUUUUGAAAAUUGGGUCAAUGAAGCCAAAUUUAAAAUCAUGCGCCCAAAUACAAUGAACAAAUAUGGUGCCGUUCUUGAUGAUUUUGGCCUUGAAACCAUGCUUGACAAGCUUUUGGAGUCUUUUAUUCGUCCUAUAUCUAAAGUGUUCUUUCCUGAAGUUGGUGGAGCAACUUUGGAUUCUCAUCAUGGUUUUGUUGUUGAAUAUGGGGAUAAUAGGGAUGUUGACUUGGGUUUUCAUGUGGAUGACUCUGAAGUGACCUUGAAUGUGUGCUUGGGCAAGCAAUUUACUGGAGGAGAAUUGUAUUUUCGGGGCACACGAUGUGAUAAACAUGUAAAUAGUGGAAGCCAGUCAGAGGAGAUCUUUGAUUAUGCCCAUGUUCCAGGAUAUGCGGUGCUUCAUCGUGGCCGUCACCGGCACGGUGCUAGAGCUACAACAUCUGGUCAUCGCAUCAAUUUAAUUCUAUGGUGCAGAAGUUCCGUCUUCAGAGAGAUGAAGAAAUAUCGGAAAGAUUUCUCCAGCUGGUGUGGAGAAUGCUUGCAUGAGAAGAAAGAAAGGCAACGCAAGUCAAUCGCAGCUACCAAACAGGAAUUGCUCAGGAGGGACGGUGAAUCCGCACUCUGAUCUUGCUUCGCUACUUGCACACACACCCUUCUGUUGUAAAAUCCAUGUAGUUUCUGUGUACUCGGUCCAAAGACCAAAGACUGGUCGUCGACUCUCGAUGAAACUGGAGGAGGAAAGUUGUGCUUUUGUGAAUCAUUUUGAUUUGGGACGCGCCUGCGUAUGUACAUCAAUUGUGUCUGAGAAGUUCGGAACUUCAUGAAUUAUGCAUGUAACUUUUGUAAAAAGAUCUAUCUAUGGACAUCUUGAUGUUUUUAUCUGUCUUAAUUGUGAAGGUUAUGAAGAUUUAUUUGCCAGCACUAA